UGAAGGCGUAGUAACCCGCGUCAUCCAGUAGGCCUAGUAGGCAACAAUUUACCCGUCACACCAUGUCGGAAAAGUUAAUUAAACAAGAAGGGAAAGAACACAGUAAUCACGAGAGAAUGGAUGGAGCUGGGUCCCGCUCUCGGUCGCGAUCGCCUGUGCGCAGAAGAGAUGACAGACGGCGGGAUAACACACGGCGCCGGCCAGACAACUACCGAGGCGGCGGCGGCGACCGUGGAGGAGGUGGGCCGCGCGACAAUCGCCGCGGUGGCAGGAUCGAUUUCGAGCGGAGGGUUUACCUCAGCAACAUUCCAUAUGAUCUGAAGUGGCAAGACAUCAAGGAUCUAUUCCGAGACAAAGUUGGUGGAGACGUCACGUAUGUGGAGCUGUAUGAAUCUGGAGAAAAUCAGCCAAAAGGAUGUGGUGUUGUUGAGUUUAAGGAUCAAGAUACUGCGCAGAAAGCUAUUGAUAUUAUGCACAGAUUUGAAAUCAAGGGACGAAAACUUGUCGUAAAAGAGGACAGAGAAAGCUUUCAUCUUGACGACCGAGGAGGGGGACGAGGAGUAGGAGGUGGCGGCGGACAUGGAGGCGGACAUGGCAUGGGAAUGGGCAUGGGAGGAGGAGGAAUGGGCGGUGGAAUGGGAAUGGGCGGUGGCAUGGGAAUGAGCGGUGGCAUGGGAAUGGGAGGAGGUAUGGGAAUGGGCGGUGGUCUAGGCAUGGACCUUGGGACAGGCCUGGGAAACCUUGGAGGAGGUCUUGGCGGGAUGGGCGGAGGAGGUCUCGGUGGCAUGGGAGGAGGAGGUCUCGGAGGCAUGGGAGGAGGAGGCCUUGGAGGCAUGGGAGGAGGAGGAGGUCUCGGCGGAAUGGGCGGAAUGGGCGGAGGAGGUCUCGGUGGCAUGGGCGGAGGAGGUCUCGGCAGUGGCGGCAUGGGCGGCGGCGGAGGAGGAGGAGGAAUCGGAGGCGGCUCGUCCGGAGGGUCGUUCAACACAUAUGGCGUGGCGCCGGAGGUGCUUCAGCGUCUUGGCAUUGAGGGUCCGCUCUCCACCCGCGUGUUCGUCGCAAACCUCGACUACAAGGUGACUGCACAGAAGCUGCGAGAGAUCUUCGAGCUCGCCGGCAAGGUGAUGGACAUCGUUCUCAAGUGCGACCAGGACGGCAAGAGCAAGGGCCACGCCGUCAUCGAGUUUGAGCACCCGGUCGAGGCCGUGCAGUCGAUCUCGAUGUUCCGCGGCCAGCUCUACUACGGACGCACGAUCACCAUCCGCAUGUUUGUUCCAAAGGAUCGGAUGGCAGACAAGCCCUUUGCCGAACUUCCAAAGAAACUUCCGGCGGGCUUGGCCGGAAUCGGCCUUGGUCUAGGAGUUCACGGCAGCAGGCUUACUAGUUGCAAAGACGUGUCGAAUGUUGGACCACAAGAUAUGCCUAGUCUUGGCGGUGGAAGUGGCGGAUCAAACCUUGGCAUGGGUGGAAGUGGUGGCGGCGGAUUCGGAAACCUGGGUGGAGGUCUCGGUGGCGGCAUCGGCUUUGACCUGGCGAACCUUGGUAGCGGCGGCAGCGGCGGCGGUCUAGGGGGUCUGAACAUGGGCGGGGGCGGAGGAUUUGGUAACCUCGGCAGCGGUAUGGGCGGGGGCGCGGGCGGCCUCGGCGGGAGCAUGGGCGGGGGUCUUGGCGGCGGAGGAGGCGGCUCGAUGGGCGGACUGGGCGACCUGAGCAACCUGGCCAGCGGCAACGGACUGAGCGGCAGUGGGCUGGGACUGGGUUCGGGCGGAAGCAUGGGCGGACUGGGCAACCUCGGCGGCGGCAUGGGCGGCGGUCUCGGCAGCCUGGGUGGCCUUGGGCUCGGCAACCAGAGCGGGAUGGGCGUGUCGGGCAUGGGGGGCAUGAGCGGGCGCAGCAGCAUGGGUUCGAACCUCGGCAUGGGCAUGGGCGAGUACCGGGAUCGCGACUUUCGCGAGAAUCGCGACCGCGGCGACAGGGACCGCAGCCGGGACCGGGAGCGAGACAGCCGCGACCGGAGCAGGGACCUGCGAGACAGAGAGAACACCGUCUUCAUCAGAAACCUUCCUUUCAGCGUGACAUGGCAGAUGUUGAAGGAACGCAUCAGAGAAGUCGCUGAUGUGAAGUUCAUCGACAUGAAGAGUAAGGGAUGUGCUGUCAUUUCCUUCUUCACGCGGGAGGAUGCCGAGCGCGUCAUUGCUCUCAUGAACGGGGUUCGAAUCGACGGUCGGCAGAUCGAAGUGCGUUUCGAUCGUGCGUUCUAGGUCGCUCGUCGUCAAAGUUUCCCAGAAUCCUCGACCGAUCUUCCUUCUGAUUCGCGGACUUUUGUUUCCCAGCAUUUUGCCACUGCUGCAUCUUUCAAGGGCGUUCUCCCCGCUCGGGAGCGGGCGGCGUGUGGUGCUCCAAGAGUCGUCGCUCGGUCUGUGGUUAGUGUCUCGUCUGGCGUGGGCGGCUCUCUUGAGCGAGUUGACCACGGCCUCGUGUGCUCGGCCAGCCGGUUCAUUCUGCUAGGUGCCGACGCAUGUGACAUCGUUCAAGGGGCCAGCGAUUGUAAUCGUGGUCGUUUGCAGUAGCAUCACCAACGGACGGCGCAUGAUGAAAAUGGAAGGGCGGGAGGUGGUGGGAAAUGGGAAGCGGCUGUGGCACAUUCUUGCCUGGCUUUCGGUCUGGCUCUCCCCGAGGGGCACGACGCCCGGCGGUUCACGUUGGCCGGAGACUCCCGUGGUGUGAUUGCAUCGUGCCAGUCGCAUCGGGUUCAGCCAGACGAUUUUUCGAAAAUAGAUUGCCGUUUCGUAUAUCGGCCGCCGGGUUAACUACGUGAUGCCGUUAACCACGGCAAUGGGAUGUCAGACAGUGCGCAGGUUUUGGCUUCACACGGAUUCAUGUUCUCUGUUUUUCCUCCACAUGUUUAAUGAGUAUCUGUUACCUGUCACCUAUAUAUUCGGACCAUCUGUGGGACGGAAUCAUUUUGUUGGGAUGGCAUUUACUGAGUGGACGUUGUCGCGUAUUGCACUGUCAUGAAUUUGUUCUGCGUAGAGUUUUGGCAUUCCUGAUCUCUGCGUAACCGAUGGAAUUUUUUAUCUUGAGUUUGCUUCUUAGCUUUGCGUCUUGUUGUCCACGUGAAAAAUAUAAGUGUGUGUAAAGGAACGUGGUAAAUAUACUGUCAGUCGUUGUUUUUGUAAUUUGAGAUAUAUUUAACGCUGUUUCAACAGUUUUGUGGAGCAUGCUGCAACUGCUGAGUUGUGGAAUUUUUAUAUUACACAAAGGAAGAGAUGUACACACCACCCAGGCAGUCAACGUUCAGUAAAUGGUUUUUUAUUUGGUUAUUGUCGCACGUGCCACAAGCCAGUGGUUGAGUGUGCGUGCAUGUGUGUGUAUGUGCGUUUCUUCAGAGUGGUCAUUUGAAGAAGUUUCGUGUUUAUAUGGUCACCAGUCGAACAGUUAUGCGUCGUUUGCCGGGCAGGACGUGGAGGACUGGUCGCACGAACGCUUCUCACAGAAUUGUAUAUUAAUGCUAGAUUUAUGAAAGUUCACAGUUCUUGGUGUUGACUUCGUCGUCUGUGUUGCCAGGUUGACGUGAAGUUUGCCACGGUGUUUUUUCUGUAGCACAGCGUAUAAGAUCAAAUAAAAGAUGUUUCGUCCGCAAGUAUUUCGUAUCAUACA